GCUGUCAGUCAGUUUGGUAGGAACAGAAGGGGCGGGACUCUUAGCUGAGCCCUGGGUGCGCUGUGGCGUCCAGAAAAUAGAUAGACAGAAUAUGCUAACCUAUGAUUGACGCAACUAAGUUACAAACUCAUCCAACUAGAUACUGACACGCCAAACUGGCAAACAGAAGAUGUCGAAGAGGAGCUGCGCGUUUGUCUAGUGAUUUAACGUUACAUGCGUUUGCCCAGCAACCCAUCACGAACAGCAAGCUAGUUAGCAACAUGAUGAUGGCCAGCUGAACAUUGUUGUGCCUUCAGCUCUUGUAAUUAUUGCGCUCACGGUUUAAUCUUCUCUUUUCCUGCUCUGAAUUGGUGCCUUUCAUGCCCUCCUUUCUACAUGCACUCCUAGACUUGUAAUUAUCUGACCGGAGCUGCUCAGUUUUAGGUGCUUGUGCGCCAUCAAGCUAAGCUAACAGCACAGGAGUGGGUGUGCAUGGGCCAAACCCCUUUCACAUAUUAGCUCGAAGCUAACCAGUCGCUGGAUCUACAAGUCUGGACCAGAAAGUGAAGAGUUUUCUAGAAAGAUACGCGGUGCAGAUCGAUCAAGCGGAAUGUUGGUUCGCAGAAACCCACGGAUAUUUUCCUUAGGCUGUGAUCGAGACCUACAUUGACCCUUAACAACGACAGAAGCCCCGGUCUUUCUAUACAGGCUGCAAAAUGAGCACAUAGUAAACUGUGACAUUGAUCUGCUUUGUGCCUUUCAACGAUGUAGCUUUGCAACCUGCGUGCUUUUUUUUGCGGCAUACUUAUAACGACAAUAAAGAAGAACAAUCAAGGAAUCAUGUCACAAGAGAAGAUGGAGCUGGAUCUGGACAUCCCGUCGUCACUUGUUCAGAGCGAUGGGCACUUGAGACGAUCUAACAGCGAACCCAUGAUAAACGGCCUGAGUGAUGCUUCACAGGUGUUCCAGAGAGAGGUUCUCCGCAGCAGAAGAAACAGUACUACUGUUGUUCGACCCAGUGUGGUUCCAUCUUCGCCAGUACGUGUUCCUAGCACAAGACUGCAGAGGAUCAAACAGGAAGAGGGUGUUGAUGUGAUGAACCGUGAAACUGCUCAUGAACGAGAGGUGCAGGCAGCCAUGCAGAUGAGCCAGUCUUGGGAGGAGAGUCUCAGUCUGAGUGAUAAUGAUCUUGAGAAAUCUUCAUCGUCGUCUCCGAAGCGGAUUGAUUUUGUGCCUGUGUCUCCUGCUCCUUCGCCCACCAGAGGGAUCGGAAAGAAGCAGUGUUUCUCUCCGUCUCUUCAAAUCCUGGUGACCAGUAACGGUCUGACGCCCAGCCCUGUUCCCAGCCCAACACGCCGCUUCAGUUUGCCCAGCAGGAGGAGUCAGAGCCCGAUCAACUGCAUCAGGCCUGGUAUUCUGGGCCCUCUCAAACGCAAAAGUGAAAUGGAGACAGAAAGCCAGCCCAAGAGACUCUUUCAGGGAACCACCAACAUGCUGUCCACAGAGGUGUCUCACUUGCCUGAACUUAACACCUGCAGUCUUUCUCCACCAGAUCUUCUGGAUGGGAGUCUCAGUAGCGUCGGCUCCUCCUCAGACUCUCCCGCCAAGAUGGAAGGAGUGUCGCCCUCCUCCAGUAACUCGUCCCUCACGCCCCUUCAGGACCUCUCCCCUAAGUGAUCCGCUGAGCAUCACGAACAUCACAGGAGGACUGGGCCCCUUCUCAGGCCCUUUUCCACUCAUUUUACUUUUAUUCCCAAUGCCUUCCAAACAUGGCUUUUGUUUUUUUCCUGAAUUGUCCUGUUAUGUUACAUUUGAAGCGAGGCGAGAGAGUGUUCCGUGUGGGACAGACCCUAAGGGCAUGGAGAGACUGUGGAUGUUUUUUGCAUCAGCUGCUAUAAAUAGAUGUAAAACAUGGUGUAUGGAUCUGUAUCAAAGCGAACAACGUCACAGAAGAGGAUCUUGGAUUUAGUUUUUUGUUUUGGUUCCCUUAUUAUCUUUUUGAUACCGCUUCGAAAAGAAAACCGCUGUAAACAGGAGAACAACUACAGGUUUCCAACCGGUUUUGUGCGUGAGAAUUUAACUUAUUUUUUGCUUUUAUUUGUAAGUAAGUAUGUACAUAAGAUAUGUGGCAAAAUGUGCAGAGGCAAAGAGCUCGACCGGCAAACUUACAGCCGCCUCUUCUGGAGUUUUAUUAGCGGUGCAACUGCACUUUAAAGGGGCUUUUCUUGAUUUUCACGUAGGUGGAGGAAGGUAUUUUUUCAGAGCUUGGCACUUCAUUCUAUGUUAGAAUGAUAUUCAUGGUUGCUAUACACAACUACUGCAGAUGGGAUUUAUUAUUGCAGCUGUUGGUAACCACUAAAUCCUCGAUUUGAACACUACAGAGAAACUAAAUUGCCUGUGUUUGAUGUUUGUCAAGCUAAAGACGUGCGUACAGCCGUGUUGUCAUUUUUACAGCUUUCAGAGAAUGGAGCAAAACAUCCGGGCUGAGAUGAAUGAUGUCCAUUGUAUGUUUUUGCUUCUCGCGCAGCGACUUCGCCCCGUUUCUGUUAUUCGGGAAGGAUUUGGAGGAGAAUGCGCUCUACAGUUUUCAGUGUUGUUUUUCAGAGGCUGUUAACAGCGACACAUUUGGCAGUUUAAAAUGUGAGAAGCAGAAAAGUGCAAAGAAAUGAAAUCCUCCCAUCAAAAAUGUUAUUUGUGGAGUUAAAAUUUUUAAAUGUAAUCUACUGAUACUGAAACGGUGUGCCAUUAAAUUUGUAUAUAAGAGAAAUGUACAACUGUAAUUGUAGGAGUUCUUCAUUUGGGGCUGUAGUUACUUUAGUGAAAGUGUUUUCUUUUGUAAACGGUUUUCUAAAUUUCAUUCAAAGAAAUUGCUUUAUUUCCUUAAGCAUGAUAUGAUGUAUCAUAAAUUAAUUUUUCUGUAGAAGAAAGUGCUUGUAAAAUCCUUUUUUUUUUUUUUUCUCCCCCCAUUUAAUUGAGUUUAACACUGCAGUGUAAAUCUUUUUCUGAAUGUCUUUGCAAACAAAAAUACAGUAAGUGGGUCAUGUAGAUCCAGAUUCUGUCCUGUAGUGAUGGGUGAAGUGUAUUUGUAGUUUGUCCUGUGGACGUGUCGAAUUCUUUAUUUAAUUAUUUUUACUGUCCUUUCAACUCAAACAGUACUGAGGAGGACUGAGUGCUGUCAUGAGAACGUGUAGUUGUGCUCUGCUCUCUCUGAACAAAUUUUGUUCCCAUCAUAUCAGAGACUUCCAGAUGUCAGAAAUAAAUUAUUUGUCCAGCUAUGUUGUUGCCUCGUCUUGUGAUACCAAACUUAUUUGCGGGUGUCAGUGUGGUUAUUGUCUUCAAAAACAUAAUGGUUUUAACAGGUGUUAAAAUGUACUCUAUGGUAUUUCUUGUAUCAGUGCACUUCAUUUACAUACUUAAUGAAAUGACCCUUUUAACAGAUUGUGA